AAAGUGUCGUGUGGCGUACUCGAGUGAAAUAAACUUUCAAAACAGCUGAAAAUGUGAUUAAUUGUUGCCAAAUAACUGCGAGGGUCACACUGCCACUUAAGAAAGUGUUGGUGCCGCCGCUCACACCCACUGUUGCAUUCCAUUUACAGUUCAAACGGCCUUUUUGUGCGCGUCGCUUUUUUUUGUUGAUUGAUUAAUAAUUUUUUAUUGAGAAUAAGCGAAUAAACGAUGGAAACGCCGCGCCGCAAGCUGCGCAAUUUGCACUUGGAGAACGUGCAGAACAGCAGCACACCGAUUCGCGUGCCGCCAUCGCCGAUGCUAAAAACGCUGGGCCACGGGACCGGCGUCAGCGUUUACCGCCUGGACCGCUCGCCACGGCGCGGCCAAAUCCGCUCUCCAUGGGCCGUCAAGCGGAUCACGCAUAAUAUGCGAGUCAAGAAGGACACGCUAUUCAACGAGCGGAUUGUCCACGAGGCGGAAAUCUUGCGCAAACUUCAACACCCAAAUAUCGUGGGAUUCCGUGGUGUUGUCACCAACGCCGAGGGCGUUAACACAUUGGCUCUCGAAAUGUGCACCACCUCGCUGGGUUCCAUACUUGAGGAACGUCACGACGAGGAUCUGGGUCCGCUGCCAGCCAAACACACUUUCAAAAUGAUCAUGGACGUCGCCCUUGCCCUAGAUUUCCUUCACAACGAGGCUCGCAUGCUGCACGGCGACCUCAAGUCCUUUAAUGUCCUGGUUAAGGGAGAGUUUGAGAUCUGCAAAUUGUGCGAUUUCGGGGUCUCUUUGCCGCUGGACGAGCAAGGCGAGAUUAAUUUCCUCAAGAACCCAGGGUUGCGAUAUGUGGGAACUAGCCUGUGGUGCGCUCCAGAGGUCGUAGAUGAUGUGGAUAUCAUAGACAGCAAGGCAGACAUUUUCAGCUUUGGCCUAAUUAUCUACGAGACCUUGGCCCUGGUGCCGCCACACACCUUGGAGCUCGAUGCAGCGCUGGGCGAGGAUAUGGACAGCUCCCACGACUUGACCACCGACGCGGAGAAGCUGCAGCGCAAGCAGCUGGACUUCUCCGGGGUAGCUGCAGAAAUCGAGGAGGAUAUGAGUCAGGAGGCGGUUGAAGAGGAGGAUGUCGACGAGGAAGAGGACGAUACUAAGGAGAACGACACCAAGGAGAACGACUUCUCUGACCUUGACUCGGCUUAUGGCACACGCCCACCACUGCCGGUUGCCUUUGAACUCAGCGACGAUUACAACUGCAUCGUGGAGCUGUUCUACCUGUGCACAAAUGCUCUGAGCGAGGAUCGUCCGGCUGCGAAGACCAUUUGGCAGUGUCUGGAGAACAAUGCCGCGAAUGUGGCGAACGGAAGCGAUUAGACUGAUUUUCAUUCUCAUCCUCCUACACAAUCUUCCUCCAUUUGGAUAUUAGCUCUAAACUGUAAUUUGUCUAGAUGUCUCAUUUUUGUUUGCAUGUAUGAAAAACUAGUUAUAAUUUGAACUCUGUAAAAAAAGACACACGACGAGCACGCAUGAAGCAAAGAAUUCGCUCAUACACAUAAAUGUAAUUUUCUGAUUGGUUAAGUUAAGUGUAUAUAUUCAGCAGCCGAAAGAUAAGAAAGAUAAAUCGACUCUCAACUGAAAGAAAAA